AUGGUCAAUGCAAAACUUGAUUUUUGGCAGACAUUGGAAACCAUAGCUAGGUACCCUAAAUUAUUUGUACCUUCACUUUUAUGUAGAGAAUUCUUUGUUGCACUUGGUGGUGCGAAAGGACUUCUACUUGUUCAAUGUGAUAAUGGAGAGGCGAACUUCAACCUCAUUGCCUGUUGUCGAUAUCUUGUGGAUGACACCCGGCGUCGUACACUAGAAGACUUUGACGUUUUCAAGAAACCUAUCCACAUUAUCUUCAUCAUUCAAUUACCAAAAAUUGCUGGGGGAUGUCAACAUUUUGUAGGAUUUCAAGGUGGAAAAUGGCAGUCAGUUCAUAUUGACGAGCUUCUUGAAUCGAACGAACAACUUCCCCAGAUUGAACAGUUGGUAAAUCGCUCCGUAAGUGAUCUAUUUCAGCCAGCCUACCUUGCAAGAGGUGAUGAAAUUGAAGAUAUGGAUGUUGAUCUUGAUGAUAGUGUACCAAGUGGUAGCCAAGAACUGGAUGUGGAGAACACAGAGGUAAAAGAAAAAUAUGGUAUAUACUACAAUACAAGGGACCAAACAGUUUAAUGAAACAAUAGAGUUCAUGUCCGCGGGCAUAAAUAUGUUUUUGGCCUCAAUCCAAACUCGAGCAUAGCGAAGGUUAAAAUGAGUUCUCAGGAGGGUACAAAAACAUAACUGUCACACAAGUUUAAACUUAUCCAUCUAAGGCUCGCGUAUAUUAUGUAUCUCGAGCGUGGACUAUAAAUGACUGAAAAAGAUGACCAACAAUUUCUUCCUUUAUGCUCACCAUAUCGACUUAAGCUGUUCACCUUGUCUUUGUGUACCCUUCAUAUAUUACCGAUCUAUACCCGAUUUUUCUUACUUUUUAGGAUUCUGAUGAAGAAAAGAUUCACCAGCAAAAUAUUAAACCAACAUUGUUGUUGAAAAACUGUCUACAAGAUGCAGCAGCAAGGAUUUAUGAUGAAUCAGCUGAAGUCAACAGAGCUACGAAACGUAUUGAAAUAUUGCUGAAAUGGUUGCCCGAAGAUAAUUCACAAGAAACAGGUUUGUGA